AUGACUUCCGAGCUGUGUUUCUCCUCCAAAGACGGUGGCAAGACCUUUACACGGAGAUUCUUUGGUCUGGAGGCUUUCCUUGGUACAAUUGCCGGUGCGAACGACGGCUUUGGAUUCUUCACCAACACGCUCAAAGUCUCCUUUCGUGACAAGCCGUCGGACGCUGUUCUAGCCGCCGCGAUCAAAACUUCCUGGAUCCGUCUCCGUCACCUUGCGCCAAUCAUCGGAACCAAAACGGUGGUCGAUUCUUCCUCCGCCGCGUCAUACCUAUAUCAGUACCGUGUCCCCUCGUCCAUUGCGGACGCAGAGAACUGGGCAGAUGAAACGAUCAUAUGGAGCAAGGAGAAAAAUACAGUUCGUGAGAGAGAUGAUUGUCUGAAGGGUCACUGGUGGAAACCAUCCGACUCGCACCACGACUAUGAGCUGCACGUUGGUCCGGACGUGCAGGACAACGUCUGGCAUUUCUUGAUCAUUGCUGGUCAUUAUUCUGUGGAUGCCCGUAGCGUGGUGCAACUGUUCGGUCACUUUCUGACCUAUCUCGACGAGCAGAUUCGAGGCAAUGGUAUCGACGUUAGCACGCUCAAAUGGGGAGAAGAGACAAAACGGUUAGCUCCUGCCCCCGUCGUCGUCGCUCUUAAAGCGGCAGGCCUACCGCUUUCUCUGGAGUCUCCUACCGCUCCCGCGCCUCCGGCAGCAGCUCCUGAGCAAGCCGCACCUCCCCCGCCACCUAUUCUAUUCCUCCGCUCCCAUCGCGAGAUCGACCCGAACCAUCCGACCGGGCAGUACACAUCCGUCAUUUGGUUGACCGAAGAUGAGACUUCGAAGUUCCGCCGCGCAUGCAAAACCCACAACUACACUGUCACCCAAGCUAUCACCGGGCUGAUGUUCCUCGCAGAGGUCGAAUGGGUGCUUAAGCGCUACAAUGACGAGACCGAGGAAGAAGCCAAGGCGGAGCUCGAGGCGUACAAGAACUCCACCGUCAUCCCUAGCUUGUGGAAUAUUGUUGAUCAGAGGUACAAGUUCAAGCAAUACGCUCUGCAUGGUGCAGAGGAGGGCUCUCCAGCCCUCGGUAUCGAUGGCUUCCCAAUAAUGCUCGACAUGAACGCAAUCCGCAAGGCCGUGAAGUACGACGAGCAGAGCAAGAAGGUUUGGCGCGACACCAGCCAGUCCGCCCUUUGGGGUGUCGUCAAAGCGGCCGCCGAGGGCUACAGUUCGACUCCCCUCACCUUGGAAGGCUACAUCGAACGCGAAAAGGGUAAUCAAAAAGCUGCAGUCGCCUGGGAUCCACGCGGUUUCCAAAUUCCCGCCUUUGUUGCCUCUUCCAUCGGCGACAUCGACAGGUUCGGUUACUUGAGCAAGUUCUCCCCACGCGUGCCGGCGAAUGAGCGUUCCUCACUCGUGGUGGAGGAGAUCUGGCAAAGCGACAGGAUGACGGAAGCGGUGCGGAUGCUUAUGUCGUGGCAGUGGAAUGGACGGAUAGCCAUUAGUGCCCAGACGGGUGCGAAAUACGUAUCGCAGAGGGCGAUGGAUGCGUUCAUGGAGAUUUUGAAGGAGUGGAUUGACACUGCGUCGGCAUGA